GCAGCACACAGGUCUUCUUAUCUUUGAAGGGAUUGGACGAGGCAGCGAUGCCAGUAAGCAGAGGGUCACUGCGCCUGUGGUCCUGACAGUACUGGACCAAGUCUGCUGCUGUGAGGGAGAUCUGCUGGGACAAAGUUGAUCCACCAGUUUUUGUGUCUGAACAACACUGUUGCUGCUGCACAUCUUUCCUGACGCUGGCCUUGGUAUAAAUGCUCAGCAAAAAUCCUACUAUCAGGAUUCAGUAUCCUUCUUUAGCACGAAAAGCAGCAGCUGGAAAUGAACUUAGAGCCGUAUUUUGCCAGAUCCUAAGUGUCAGCCCAGGUUGUGCAAGAGCGUCUGGCUAAACAAGCUCCUGACUUUCCUUUUUGACCUGUACCCCCUUUUUAUUCACUGCUGGGGGCAGUUCAAAGGCUCUGUGAAAUAAAAGGUCAUACAACACAGCUUUGGAAAUGUCACAAACAUCACACACCAUUUCACAGCCAUUGCUGAUGAAAAGAUUAUCAGUUUAGGCAUUAUGCUGCGCUUCAGGUAUGCUGUCUGAAAAAUCAUUAUCUGUAUCCGAUGAUAGAAGGGUAGGACAUUUGAGGCCCUCAUUAAUUUGGUUUAAUGUGUUUUCAGUGGACACCAGUACAGGGUGUUUAAAAUUAGUUAGAAUGCAAGAAUGUGUUGAUUAAAGGGGAACAGUUGGAUCACUCAGGCAAGGACUGUGGAACGUCAUUUACCAUUUAAGCACCCUCAUCACCCAGCGUCCCUUCAAGAAUAGAAGAGAUGGCAGAUCACGCCCCAUCUGUUGCCAUGGAAGCUGUCCUCAAGCCCAGUUGUGACCUCCCAGAGGACAUGCCUAAGAUCAGAGGCUAUGACUUCAACCAGGGAGUUGAUCUCCAGGCCGUGCUGAAGUCCUACCUUACCACGGGCUUCCAGGCCAGCAGCUUGAGCUUGGCCAUCCAGGAGAUCAACAACAUGAUAGAGAAGCGCCUUGAGCCAGCGGAGGCAGGUGAAGGAAAUGAGUCUGAUGAAUCUGCUCAUAAGUCAGGCUGCACCAUCUUCCUGGGUUACACCUCCAACCUCAUCAGCUCCGGAGUCAGAGAGAGCAUCCGCUACCUGGCAGAGCACAAAAUGGUGGAUGUGAUUGUUACCACAGCUGGAGGCAUCGAGGAGGAUCUAAUCAAGUGUCUGGCUCACACGUACUUAGGAGACUUCAGCCUGCCUGGGAAGGAUCUCCGCUUGAGAGGGAUUAACAGAAUUGGGAACUUAUUGGUGCCAAAUGAUAACUAUUGUAAGUUUGAAGACUGGCUGAUGCCCAUCCUGGACCAGAUGUUGCUGGAGCAGAACACAGAGGGCACCCGUUGGACUCCCUCCAAAAUGAUACAUCGACUUGGCAAGGAGAUCAAUAAUACUGACUCCGUCUACUACUGGGCAUACAAGAAUAAUAUUCCAGUGUUCAGCCCUGCUCUGACAGACGGCUCUCUGGGCGACAUGAUCUACUUCCACUCUUUUAAGAACCCAGGCUUAGUGUUGGACAUAGUGGAAGAUAUCCGCAGGUUGAACAGCCAGGCGGUGUUUGCUAAAAGAACCGGAAUGAUCAUCCUGGGAGGGGGGCUGGUCAAACAUCACAUAGCCAACGCUAAUCUUAUGAGGAAUGGAGCUGACUAUUCAGUGUAUGUAAACACCGGUCAGGAGUUUGAUGGCUCUGACUCUGGGGCCAGACCUGAUGAGGCCGUAUCCUGGGGCAAGAUCAGAACAGAUGCCAAACCCGUCAAGGUGUACGCAGAUGCCUCUUUAGUCUUCCCUCUGAUAGUGGCCGAGACCUUCGCUCUCCAUGCUGACAAGCUGAACGUGGGCAAGAAAACAGAUUAAUUGGUAGCCUCUUUUAAUGCUCUCUUAGAAACAACAACCAGCUUUGUUGCUCUGGUUCUUCUUCUGUCUAGUUGAACGUAUGAGUUUGAUCUUCUGAACCUCUCCACUGAAAAUACAUGGUUAGGACUUGGCAACUUUAAGAGGCAGCACUGGGAUGUUGUCAUACAAACAACGCUGGAGUUGGGAACCUUACUGAAUGGGAAUGGGAAGCGCUGGUGAGGGUUUCCUGUCUUAAUGCCUUCGAUACCAAUAUUUACUUGUUUAAACAAGUACAGUUUUUUUCCUCUCUGUCUUGACAGCCGAAAUUGCAUGCGUAGCAUGCUAUAGCAUGCACCAAAGAGACUGUUUAGAAUCCAUUGAGUUUUAGCUGUGGUGUGUGAGUGUAUGGGAAAGAGAGAGUACAGAUAUGCACGCAUGAGGGUUUUUUUUUAAGCCAAAAGGUUUAAUUUAUUUCAUUUGAGCUGCGGCAGGACAUGCCGUCACUUCGCUUGAAUAUUACCUCUUUUGGGUUGAUAGGUUUUUAUAUUAUGUAAGUCCUACCGUCGCUGUUCCAGGGUGAAAGAUGUAACUGUAUAGCUUAAUAAAUCAUGUGUAAUCAUUUUUUCCUCUAUUUAAUGGGAUGUCAGUGGACUAUUAUAAAUAGUCUUUGUGCACUAAGUGUGUGAGGAGGCCACAAGGCCUUCAUCAUGUGACGCAUCAUUUCACAUGACUAUGUUGGUUAUCUUUCUUGUAUAAACGGAUAUAAAAAAUGAUUGCUGCUGAUCUAUGAUGAGCGAUAAUAUCUAGAAUAUAAAAUACAGUGUGUCUCUUCACUUUCAUUUGAUAUAUGUGUAGGAAUGAAAAGGUGAAUGAAUAGCAGCUGCAGCAAGUGCUGCUGUUGCUAUAGUACAGAACUACACUCAGGGUAGUUCUGUACAGAACUACACUCAGGGUAGUUCUGUACUAGGUACGCCUGUAAUAUAUCUAUUGCAGUUAAAUCCUAGAGCUCUGCCGUACACCUCUCAAUACAAUGCAGUCCAGUGCAACACAAUCACUAACUAUGACCAUAAUACUGAAACACAUUUAAUUAACACCUCUGUGACAGUCUCAGCAAAAACUGAACAUUAUAGGCAUCAUAGAAAUAGACUUUAUUGCAGAACAGGUGUUUUGGAUUGUAUUAGAUGGUACAAAAGGCAGAAGUCAGCACUGUGCUGUCUGAUGCUGCAGCCAGAGUCUUAUCAAAGUUUGAAGAAAGCUGUAGGUGGCUCCUUCACACGUACGAGCAGCGGCGAACUUACAGUCCACGAGUAUCGAAUGCUGCUCCGGGGCUUAAAGAGCGUCUGGUGAGCUCCUCUAGUCAGAUCCUCCCCACGAAUCCCCUGAGGGGCUCAUAAGGGCAUCACAGCUAAUGCAUGUGUGGUUAGUGCUUGCUCAUACAAAGACACACAGUUUCCACCCACCCAUGCAGUAUGCACGCAAUCUAGGUGCGACUCUCCUCUCUCCCUACUGUCAGCAGAAUCAACCACAUAAUCUAGUAACAAUGAUAAAGACAUUUCCCAUCUCAAUAUAUCAGUCUGCUGUCGUGGGAAUGGAUAUUUCCUGUGGCUAAUCACUGCUCCCAUAUCCUCUACACAGUCACUGUUAUAUUCACAGCCACAGUCAUAUUUGCAGUCCCUGGAAUGGAAAUGUGGGCAGUUUUGUAUCAAAUGUGUGUAUAGAAAAUUCAUUGAAGCCUAGAGUUGUU